AUGGAAGAGAAACUAUUCAAGUGUGCGGUGUGCAAACAAACCUUUCCUCAGUCAUGGUUGCUCAGGAAACACCAACGCAUCCACACUGGGGAGAAACUGUUUAAGUGUGAGGAGUGUAACAAGGACUUUUCACAAUCAUCAGACCUGCUGACACAUUGGCGUGUUCACACCAGGGAGAAACCUUUCACGUGUGAGGUGUGCACCAAAUCAUUCUCGUGCUCAUCAAACCUCCGUGAACACCAACGGAUUCACACAGGGCAGAAACCAUUCACAUGCGAGGUGUGUGACAAAUCAUUCUCGAAUUCAUCACACCUCCGCACACACCAGCGCAUUCACACAGGGGAGAAACCUUUCACGUGCAAGGUGUGUGAUAAAUCAUUCUCACAGUUACCGAACCUCCUCACUCACCAACGCAUUCACACUGGGGAGAAACAAUUGAUGUGUGAAUUAUGCAACAAAUCAUUCUCGAAUUCAUCACAUCUCCGUGUACACCAUCGCAUUCACACAGGCGAGAAACCGUUCAGGUGCGAGGUGUGUGAUAAAUCAUUCUCUCAGUCAUCAUCCCUCCACAAGCACCAACACAUUCACACAGGAGAGAAACCUUUCAUAUGCGAGGUGUGUGACAAAUCAUUUCCGCAGUUAUCGUACCUUCAUGCACACCAGUGUGUGCACAUAGGGGAGAAAUCGUUCAGAUGUGAGGUGUGCAACAAAGCCUUCAGACAGCCAUCAAACCUCCUGGCCCAUAAGAGGGUCCACACUGGGGAGAAACCCUUCAAGUGUGAGGUUUGCAAUAAAACUUUUCUGAGAUCUUCCACCCUCCUGAGACACCAGAGGAUUCACACAGGGGAGAGACCCUUCAGGUGUGUAGUUUGUGAGAAGGCUUUCAUCCACUCCUUCGAGCUCCUGAGGCACCAGAGGAUUCACACAGGAGAAAAAUUCUACAAAUGUGAGUUAUGUGGCAAAGAUUUUACAAAUUCAUUGAGCCUCCAGAUCCAUCAGAGAGCCCACACAGGGAAGUAACGCUUCGAGUGUGAGAUUUAUAAUAAAGUUCUCCUGAUCUCUUUGAACCCGCUCGAACGGUGCCGAAUUCACGGAGGAGAGAAACCAUUGAGGUAUGAGAUGUGUGACAAGGCUUUCACACAGUCAAUGUAUCUCCUGAUCCAUCAACACUCACACAGGGGAGAUACCCUAUCAGUGUGAGUUGUGUAAUGAAGCCCUCACACAGUUGUCAGACCUCCUGGGACAUCAGUGAACCCACAUGGGAGACAAACCCUUCCAGUGUGACGUAUGACAGGAUUGUUUCACCUACUCCUCCUCUCUCACCAUACACCAACGUCUCCACACAGACUUGGAGCUGGGUCACCUGCUUCCAUUACACUGAGAGUUGUCUGUGUUGUUUACCCUCCAGUGCUCACACAGGGGAGCUGUCGUUCCAAAGCACUGUCUGUCUCAGCAGUGUCUGUCUCAAACCUCUCCCACCAUCUGUCCAAUUGUUUCAAGAAGACCAAUUUAACCUUUGACCAGUUCACUGAACAUCACCAAAUGAAGACAUCAAUAUGUAUAGAAAUUCCUGUUUAUGCACAGAUGUCACUGUGUCUCUGGGAGGAUUUCCUCAGCCACAGGAAGUAGCUGAUCCAGGAGAAUGUGUCAGGAUUCUCCCUGCUCUGGACAAGAGGGAAAUAUCUCAAUAGUUUCCAUAGUGUGAUUUAUCUCCCUUCUGGAAGAUAGUUACAAUUGUCACAUUCCUGUAGUCGGAGGGAAUUCCUUUUCCUCCCAAAUCCGGAGGAUGAGUUUAUGGAGUCUUGAUGUGAGCAGAAGUCCACCAGCUUUGAAGGCCUCAGCUGGAACCAUCGGGGCCACAGGCUUUGUGGUUUUUCAUCUGUUUGGUUGUUUGUUGCAGCUCUCCCAUCGAUGGGGACUCACCCAUGGAUUCUACCACAGGCACUGGGGGAUAGACUGGAGGGUAUCAGCUGUCACUGUGGAUUCAUGGUUGAGAAGUUGGUCACAAUUUUCUUUCCAGAGUUAACAGAUGGCAUUGUCAUCCUUAAGAAGAGAAACCUCAGCCUGUGAAUGGAGGGGAUUUUGUCCAUUUGACCUCGGUCUAGAGAUCACCCUGGUGAUUUCAAAAAAGAUUCACAUGUCGUGAUAAUCAGAUUGUUGGAUCUCUUGGGCUUUCUCUUCCCACCACAGGUCCGUUAUCUUCCAGAAUUUUCUUCAGGCGUCAGCCUUGAGCUGUUGAAAUGCUGCCUUCCUGAGUUGUGCCAGGCAAUGAAGGCUGGUUGUUUUUGUUCCAGGAGGUCACAUAUUUGAGUGUCAUGUUUGUUGAGCCAGUCCUGGUGACGACGAUGAUGCUCGAACCCAAUCGUCUGGACACAGGAGUUUAGUACAGCUGACUUUAUUUGAUCCCACUGUUCAUGAAUUGAGUUGGAAGUGUGAAGACUUUCCAAAUUGGUCAUGAGCUGCACCUGGAAUUCCUCUCUUCGGUCGGGCUGUUUUAGGGCUGAGACAUUGAUCUUCUUCCCUUUGGACGUUUGGGCCUUGUGAUGUCUUGGUGCUGGGUGGAUGUUCAUCACCAAUCGAACAAGUCAAUGAUCUGUCCAGCAGGCAUCAGGCCCCCACAUGGAUUGAGUGAUACAGACAUCACGGAGAACUUUGAGUUGGCUUUAGACCUUCCAGAGGAACCUCCAACAUGGUCUUUGUUACCAGAGAAAUUUGAGAAAAAUAUGAAGAGCACCAGGGACUCUUCAUUACAUUCAUCAAUGUGACCAAAGCAUUUGACCCAGUAAAUCACGAGGCUCUGUG